CAUAGUUGCAUAUAUAUCUUAGGGGUUCAAUAUUAUGCAAUAACAAAAACGUAGCCGUACUAAACAUGUCGGAAAAUAACACACAUGUAUCAGCGGUGCCUUCCACUACUGCCAAUCCAGAUUGUGAUGUAACGGAUUCAUAUGGAUCGGAACAAGGGGAAUCAUGCGCAAAUAAUGAAUUUAACAAUGGAUCCGUGGACCCAAAAGAGCCUUCGACGCGACAAACGCGAUGGUCCUCUGCCAUCAUGAGUGGCAUCGACCCUAAGAUGCGAUUUGCCAACAGAAGAUUCACUGAUAUAUAUGAUGAUGAAUCUACCCAGGAAUCCAAGAGGUUUCGAAAGACCAAAACAUUCGCCAAACCGCUAGCAAAAGAGCUUGAAGUUAUAGAUGUAGAUAACGAUUGCAGUGAAGAUGAGUGUACUUCCAACCUUGACAUUGACAUCAACACUGUGAAAUAUGUCCUGAAGACGAUAUCGGAUAUUAUUACAGAUUUAAUCCCAAAAGUACGAUUUAAAUCUGAACCUGUUCAAAGCCAACAACCAGAACCUAAGACAUCAAACGCUUAUGCAACACGUUCUACGUCUAUCAGGUCAUCUGAUUCGAUAAAUAACAGUCUACACAUCGCUGAUUUGGGCUUAUGUAUUAAACCAGUGGAUAUCAACGACUACAUUGGGGUAUGUGACGACAUGGGCACCGUGAUGAGGGAUGUGGAAGACCUGAUAACCAAAAAUCUCUACAGUUCCGCAGAACGGCAGAAAAUCGUCAUAUAUUCAAUAAUAGAAUUGAUAGGCCAUAGGGCAAAUCAUUACUAUCGCAAGCUCCACAAUAUGGAACGUUUGGCACGAUACGCCUACAGUACGAAGGUUUUCCCACUGACUUUUAUAACGACUUUGAUAGACAUGUAUAGAAGUGCUGCCCUGGAGCACCUCGAGUAUUUGCGAAAAAAGAUACCAAUCAAAUUGAGGUGGUCAGGAAUACUGGACUUCAGGUCUUGGCGUUCAGGUUUCCGUAAGAUUGUUCUGCAUAAAGGAUGUGUGGAAAAUGUUCUAAUGAAAUAUGAUUAUGAGAAGAUAAUAGCUAGUAUGAAGCAGCAUAAUAUCCACCCAAACACCAUGUCAGUAACCAUGCAGUCUACAUUAUCUCAGCCCAACGAGGUAAAAUCAAACAUUGUGUCUCAGGCUCAAUCAAAAGUAUUACAAGGUACCAUAAAUACAGGUGGCGCACUGACUGUGUCAGAAUCAUCUGAAAAUGACCCAUCAAAACGAAACCAUUUGUCAGAGACAGUUUCGUCGGAAAGUAUGUCAGCUAAGGUUGAUCAGGCACCUCCCAAACAACCACUUACGACAUCUACCCCAAGUAGAAUUCAGACAAAAGUGGCUAAACUCGAUCAUAAAGAGCGACAGGAGAUCAAGAGGGCACGAGCAAAGGCCAAAAAUAACAUUAAGAAAAGGAGACCGCUAGAAAUUAAUGAUUCUGAAUCAUCUGAUGAUGAGAUUUCGACUGACAUGUUAAGCGAUGAAAGUGAUAAUGGAGAAACGAUGGACAAAGGCAAUUUACAUGGUGCAAAAGAAAGUGAAGUAGAUUUAAAAACUGAACCGGUAGUCCAGAACAAGGCUAAAGUAGAAUUGCCUGCAAUAACCGAGAAACCGCAUGUAGUGAAAAAGGCAGUAGAUGUCAAAGGGGUGGGAGAACGCAGAUUGGCUCCGGGAUAUUCCAAAGUAACUAGUGACAAGAACGUGAAUAAAAAGACAGAAACAGAAAAAAAGUCAUUAAAAACUGCAAACAAUAGGUCGACAAAUGUAGCGGACAGUUGGCGUGAUUUUAAAACGAAGCAAAUGAGAUCAUCCAUGGAACCGGAUGGUGAAGACUCGAUAAAGAUACCCAAACGUAAGCGUGAUGUAACGGGUAAUUUAGCGGAAUCGUCAUCAAAUUCAUUUGAUAGUAACUGCGAUAGCAAUACUGACCAGAGACUGACAUCCAAGCAAGUGGAUAGUAUGAAGUCACCGCACUCUGGUAGCGCUGUAUCCAAUGACCUUGAAAUCAGAUGGAAUGUGGAUGUGCACAUUAAGAAAGAUAAAAGUGAUUAUAUAGAAGAAAAGAUUCCAAAGUGUGGCGCUAGUAAGAACGAUAUUUUGGAUGAGGUCACCAAAAGUGCUAAAACGCAAGCGACAGAUCCCCUAAGCGGCCCUUUUAAUGAACAAGUAAAGCGGAAAUUAGGGUCGGUAGGCAGUGUAGGGAACCCUAGCAAACAACGGUACACUACACAGAAUCCACCCUUAAGUCACGAAAGUGGCUACUAUGAAGCCAGACGUGCCAAAAAGGAGUUGACUAACAAGAGGAUCCAGUCAAACAUCUCAAGCAACAACACGCCAAAACGAUACAUGCAUCAAGAUAGUCACAUUACGGACCAUAAAGGCUCAACAACGCCAAACACGCUCUCGAAACAUAAAAGUGAUGAGCAGGCACCUUCAAGUUCUGAAGCACGUGUAGAUGAUCAUGUAAUGAUGCAAUCAGCAAGAGUGAAAAGAACUAUCAUGUCUGAUACGGAACCGAUGUCCUCUAUAGAUUCAGAGUAACG